GGUAAAGGAAAAACAUGAUUAGAAGGAUGAGGCUCUGGUUGGAUUGACUGGCAUAAAGACAUUAAAACCAGCGCUAUUACAUUCACUAACCCAGAUGAAUACACUAUUGUUCACAUAAAAUAAUUUAAUUUAACCAUUGCAUGCUUUUCAGAGAUUCUCACAACAUAGAUAAAAGAUUAGUUCUUUAAGUUGUUUCUCAGACAUUGUCUCACCAUAAUGAGAAGGGAGCUUAGACAGGCUACAUGAGAAGGGAAGCCUAAAGGUUUCUAUUAGGCUCUUCUCUUUGGGGAGGCCUCAAGAAUUAAGCAGAAACAAAAACAGGUACGUGUUUUCUUCAGUUUUUCUAAUAUGUCACAUAGCUCAUAUUUGACCAACAUUGAUUUUCUUCAUAUUUUGGUUGAGGUAUUCGUAUCAUUCUAAAUUUACAGGAACAGUUUGGCAUAAUUAGUAUCUGUUCACAUGCAAACAUAUGCCGCUUCUGCCUUUGCAUUUUAUCAGGCUUCUGUGAUGUCCUUUAUUGUAUGAACUUGAUAUUUGGAGUAAUUCCAUGGUUGAAUUGGACUUCUAAAAUAAGUUUAGAUCAUUCUGAAGUAUGCUCGCCAUAAUUCUCUGGAAUAUUGCCAGCAUCCAAUAUGUUGCAUAUAUGUUCUCUUAACACGCUUUCUUUCUGAAGCUGGACGUGCCAAAUUUAGCACGUUUGCAUUGGCCAACACAACUGCCAGGUUAUCGGGAUGUUUCAGCGCCUCACGCUGUUAUGUACUCUAUUAUAUGUGGUCACCUUGACAUGCAUGCUCGAAGACAAAUUAGAGGUCAUUGGAUUGUCAAUUGAGGCCAAAGUACUACAGGCUUCGAAGAGCGGUGUUCACAAUGGUUAUUGGCUGAAUCACCUCCUAUCCAAAUCUAAACAGACCAAAGCAGGUGCUUCGGUUCGACGUAUGUCAAUCAUCUUGCAUCGUGAAGAAAAGGAAUGAGAAGCCAGUUUCUGAAUGAAAACAAACCUUCUAGAUCUAUUGAGGUCUAUAAGCUUAAAAUUUUUCUUUCAGAACUGUCAAGCUCUAAUAAAUCAGAUUAAAUAUCAACAAGAAAGAUAAUUAUGGUACGGUCUGUAGCAGCCCAUCACGAUUUGUGAUGUAAGCUUACUAUUAGUGGGCUUUUAUAGUCCGGGACUCAUCAAUUACUGGGCUAUUUUUGCGUUGAGUCCGGCCCAUAUCACACCUCUCACGCAAACAGGCAUCGAGAAUUUAUAUAUAUAUAGUUGUACAGUCGACGUCAUCGCUUGGGUGGGUUGCGGGUUCGAUUGCUUCCUCCUCGCCGCCCACCGAAUCCAAUUGGCGAACCAAGGCGGGAUUGCGAGCGCGAAUCCGCCCUCGAGACUACUCCAUGGCGUCGUCGGCCGACGCCGAGAGGGGAGGUGAAGAAGGGGACGGGGCAGCGAUUAGCGUGGUGGAAUGGCAGGGUUGGGGCACCUCCUCCCCGGUAACCGCAACGGUGAUGGAGGUGAUCAAGGACAUCAAGGCCUUGGCGAGAGAUUCCGACGCCCCCAUGACCUUUGGCGGCUUAGGUGGGAAGCUCAAGGGUACCUUCAAGGAUCAGGAGGAUAAAAAGCAUAGGUCAGUUUAUGAAUCCAUAUGUGAUUCUGAAAAUAAGAUGCAGUUCUUUUCUGCAAGGCAAAUAGCGUGUCGUUUGCUUGGAAAUCGAGGACACCUAUGCCGGAAGUGCUGGCUUGCUAUGGAAGAUUGCAUGUGUUCUAGGCUUGUUAAAUGCUCAUUAUGGUGCAGCAUUAAGUUUUGGCUCUAUAUGCAUCCAAAGGACUUCUUGCGCCAAAAUAACACUGGAAAGUUGUUAUGGCAAAUAUUUGGAAUUCAAUCUGCAGCUUUGUGCCUUUUUGGCAUCCGUGAACAUGAGGAUAUCAUGUGGAGUGCUUUCAGAGAUUCAGGGAAAGGUAUGGUAUGGUUUGUUUAUCCCAAUCAGAAUUCAUCACCAAUGUCUGUUGAGGAUCUCUUUUCAAGUGGCCCAUUUACUGGUCUUGAGAGUCAAAAGAUGGAUCUUGGUGAGAAGCCAUUGAAUUUUGUUCUGAUUGAUGGUACUUGGAGCAACUCAUCUGCAAUGCACAGACGUUUGAAGGAGAGGUGGGCAUUAACAUGGGGAGAGGAACAUCUGCCUUGUAUUUCUCUGUCGACCCUGGGUGCCUCUGUAAUGCAUAAGUUACGGCCUCAACCAUCAUGGGAUCGAACCUGUACAGCUGCUGCUGCUGCUGGGAUUCUCUGGGAACUGCAUCUUGUUCCUAGACUUAGCAUAUAUGGGUUGGAUAAACAGGCUGAGGCGGUAGAGAAUGCAUUGGAUGUGUUGCUGGAUGCUCUUGUGCAACGGCGCUUGCGUAAGGGUAGGUCCAUCACACGGAAAGAGAGGCACAACAACUGCAUAUAAAGAUGACUAGCUCAUUUCCUUGAUCAGACAGACUCAAUUGGGAUCAGAAGUUUAGAUACCUGACACUUGGAAGAAUCACAUUUUUGUUGUUGCUGAUGCUUUGGCUUGGCAUACACUGCCGAAUAUUUUGGGGUAGAAAUGGUUGUAAUUGCAAGAAAGAUUCUAGCAUGAUAUACGGUAGUAUGCUCGUCCUCCGAAGUCGAUGUCAUUGAUUUUGUCCAUGUAUCUGUCUUGGGGGAGAAACAAUUUGGUGCACAAUCUGGCUACCUAUAGUAGCUUUUUUUUUUUUUUUUGGAGAGACAAAGCUUCUUCUUCCAACCAUUUGUACUGAAAAUUUUCUGGAUUAGCCCCCAAAUGGGAGGUUAAUACAUACUGUGUCGCGGAAUGGCCUA